AUGACGAGGAGGUGCUCGCACUGCGGCCACAACGGGCACAACUCGCGGACGUGCCCCAACCGCGGGGUGAAGCUCUUCGGGGUGCGCCUCACCGAUGGGUCCAUCCGGAAGAGCGCCAGCAUGGGGAACCUCGCCCACUACGCCGGAUCCGGCUCCGCGUCGCCGGCCGACGGUCCCCACGCCGACCACGGGGCCGCCGACGGUUACGCCUCCGAGGAUUUCAUCCAGGGCAGCCGCGAGCGCAAGAAAGGAGUUCCGUGGACUGAACAUGAGCAUAAAAUGUUUUUACUUGGACUGCAAAAGCUUGGCAAAGGUGAUUGGCGAGGGAUAUCUCGUAAUUUUGUAGUAACAAGGACACCUACUCAAGUUGCCAGCCAUGCGCAAAAAUAUUUUAUUCGUCAAACCAAUGCCAGUAGAAGAAAGAGAAGAUCCAGCCUUUUUGAUAUGGUUCCUGAUGAGCCUGCCGAUGGUCAACUUUAUCCAAUGGUCUCCCAUGAACCAGAGGCACAAAGCAACAACCCACUCCCAGCACCUCCCGCUCAGGAUGAGGAAUUGGAGUCCAUGGAUUCCAAUUCAAAUGAUGGAGAGGGACCUGUUCCGAAGCCAGAAAGUUUGCCAUGCAGUUAUCCAGUUUUCUUUCCUGCCUAUUACUCGCCAUUUGUUCCAUUUCCCUUUCCAUAUUGGCCAGGUUACGGAGCAGUAGAUGCUGUAGAAAGGAGGCAUGAAAUUGUUAAGCCAACAGCAAUGCACUCAAAGGUUCCCAUCAAUGUGGAUGAGCUUGUGGGCAUGUCAAAACUGAGCCUAGGAGAAUCCAGUGGUGAGACAGGGUCUUCAUCAUUGUCAUUAAAACUUGUCGGCAGGUCAGAUAGACAAUCUGCUUUCCAUGCUAAAACCCCCACAAAUGAUACGAUGGUGGAUUCAAGUUCCAGUCCAAUCCAUGCAUAGUCCAACAGUAAGGCUUGAAAUCUGGAGCUGUGCCCAGCAAUACAAAGUCUUCUUGUUUAUAUAGGAUUAAUAAACUGCAAACUGCUGCUUUAAGUUUACUAUAUAGUGUUUUAUAUUAGAAUUUACUAUAUAGUGUUUUAUAUGAGAAUUAUGUCAUGGCACCUGAUUAUCAAAGUGAAUAACUUAUUGUCGAUUCUUUCUUAGUAAUGACUGGAGUCUGUAUUAGAUCUUUGAGGAAUGUUUUCUCAGCUUCUGCAC